AGCAUGGGACGGAUGCACAGAAAGUAUAAGAAAAGAGAGAAGGAAUGGAUGGACAUGGGUGGAAAACAGGGACGGAUGAGACGGCAGAGAUGGACAAAUAGAAGACCAGCUACAACCUUGAACCUGCAGCAGAGGACAAAACAAAAGCAGUGGGGAUGGAGGAUGAUGACUCACAGGAUGCAGUCACAAGGAAGCACCUCAACUCAGCCCUCAUUUGAUUCCAUGAGCUCCAGCGACAGCGUCCUGUUCAGCGACUCGGAACAGGCGGAGGAUGACACAGACGUCUUUUUGACCGACAGUUCUUCUUCUGUCAGCAUGGGUGGGGCAGGCCAGGUCGCCACCAAAACGGAUGCCAGAUCAGAGAGGCCCAGGUCCCUCUGGACGUGCGGCGGCUUCACAGAUAAGGAGGAGGAGGAGCCAUACAGGUCAGAGCGUGGCAGCAAAGAAGCUCACCUCGGUUUGGCAGAGACUGAUCCUAUGAAGCCAGCACCAAAAUCAAAAGGAGAUAUAUUGUUUGCUCAGAAGUGUGCUGAGCUGCAGGGUUUUGUCAGGCCACUUCUCGAGCUGCUGAAUGGACUGAAGAAGGGCCGAUUCGACCACGGUCUAAGUAGUUUCCAACAGAGUGUUGCCAUGGAUCGCAUACAGAGGAUUGUGGGCGUUUUACAGAGACCUAACUGCGGGGAGAAGUACAUGAACACGCUGCUUCAAGUUGAAGGGAUGUUAAAGCUUUGGUUUCCCCAAAUCCAUAAUCGAGCUGCGUGUGCAGCCUCAAGCAUCGCCACAUCCCCCACUCAUUCCUUCCAGGACACUUCCGUCUCCACCCCACCGCACAAGCACCGGGAUCAGUUACAUAUUCCUGUCAAGAAGCGCAGACUGAGCUGGACAGGUACGGACUCCCCCACACCUUCUCCUGUUCUUAUCAAGUGCCCCCGCAUCAGCGCAGAAGACGGAACAAUGAAGCCCGAACAAGACACGGGACACCGUCCUCCCUCUUCCCCCUCGCUGGCAAACCAACAUUCCCCUGAUGUGGCCGCUAAUGGUCACCUAAAUGAUGACAAGAAGGGUAAAGACAGUGAGAAUGGAGAACCGGGCAAGCUGUCCAAGUACAAUGCCGGCCAGAGCUCAGAGCCGAGCCUGACGUGGGUGCAUGUCGCUCCCAUCCUGUCACCACGAAAAGCCUGUCUCUCCCACGAGGGCACAACCAUCGUGGCUCACAUUGAAAAUGUCCUCCCACUGAGCAUAAGGGGCAGUCCAGCUAUGCAAGACAGUUCCAUCUCAUCCACCACCCCCUCCAAACACCCCAACAAUCAGAAGAUGCCAGUCCAGUGCCAAAGCCAGCCUGUUCCUGUACAGCAGAAUGAGACAGAGAUCGCUGACACACAUCAGGGUGAAAGCCAGCCUUCAGCUGUCACACUGAAGCCUUUGUCCGGGGUGUGCCCCGCUACCUGAUGCACCGAGGAAGCAAAGAGCCAGCAGCCUUGCUUUUAUUACACCAACAGGCUUAAAGCUGCUGUCACAGGAAGAAAGGGUAGAGGUCUUUGGUCUGUGAUUAUGAAUGCAUUUUAUUAAGAGCAAGAACUGUUGGCGUUAAACGAACAAACCCAACCUGCCAUCAACUGCAAUUGGAACGUCUUUUACAGACAGGACAUAAUGAUUUGAAAUGAAUCACAUCCAUAAAAGAACAAUGAUAGUAGUACUACAGUAAUCCAGGCAUGCACAAAGUGUAUAUGGUUGGAAGGGAAAGAAGAAAAAAAACAAUUAAGAGUUCAGGAUAACAGGCAUUAUGGACACUGGGAGAAACUGGAGAAUCUGGGAGUGUGACUGGUGAUUGACAGCAAUCAAUAUAUUCAGAGAUGGCUGUUUCUGAACAACUCUGACUUGAAGGACAGACCCUCUGAAAAUGGAAAAUCUCCCGUCAGCAUUAACAAUGACAGCUUCAGAUGUCCUGAGUUGCUCCAGAGUGAGUAACAGUAAGAGUGUUCUGGAGGUGCUUUUGACUUUACAUUCACUUGUUCAUAGAAGUGAGGCAUCUGGCUUGCAAAGAAAAAAAAGUGACAUUGAAGUCGGUGAUGAAAAUCAUGUAGUUAGUGAUGUUAGAAAUGCAAAACACAAUUAAGCAUUCAAUUCCCAGUGUAAUGUAUUCUAAGUUGUUGGAAUGGUGGAAGAAUUGUGUUGCUACUUACAGAUGUAAUCAAAGGAAGAAAUGUUUGGGCACUUGGCUGGCAGAUCCAGCAGCAUGGAUCGGGGUGAUGUCACGGUGAUCAAAUAACUUCUCGUCAAGCUGCGGAUCAGAUGUUUUUGCCUGGUCUAUGGCAGCGAACCGACUGGGAAUCAGGGUCAAGAAAAUCCCAGGAACAGUCUCGAAAAGGCUAUCCUGAGUGAGAAAUAAGGACGGACGACUCUCGAGUCCCACAGUUAAUUUAUUCAUGUGUUAAUCUGACGCUGCAGCUAUUUAUUGUUGUAUUUAUUUAUUGGGCAGCUGAUUAUCGCCUGCUGUGCACUCGCACAGUUUGGCCUACAUUUUUUUGAUAAUAGGAAAGAUUCUGUUGACAUUUCUUUCUUUUUUUUGUGAAUAACAAAAGUGGGGAAAAAAAUUAAGAAAAUGAAAUGUUUUGACUGGACUAUUGGACUACUGUGCCUUUAACCAAAUAGGAUGUGUUCGGAAAAGUAUUUGGUGCUUGCAGUGCAUUCAUACUGCAUCUAGAUUGUUUGAAUUUCACAAAACCAGUACACAUUCAGUCAGGAAUGCCUACAUGUAGUCUCCAUCAUCUAAUUCAGCGUUACAAACCAAUGUGUCAUCAAUUAUCUACUUGCUUAGAAACCGGUGUGCAGCUUUAGUAUCCUGACAACUACAGUUAAGCCAAACUGCCCACGUUACAAGCUAAUACACACACCAGCAGCAGCAGUGGCCACCAUUUUGCUAUGAGCGUAGCCUUUCUUUCAAAGCUUUUCCCCUGGCUCUUAUCAGUGGAGGAAAAUACUGAGCUGCACUUAAAGCUGGUGCUCUUGAAAACUUGAAAAGAAAACAAAAAAUGUGGAAAAUACAAAUGUUACGGAGGAAACCUUUUUAUUUGCAUCACCCUCCACUGCUGCUACUAUUAUUCUGAUUCCAGCUCUAAUUUAGACGCUUCAUAGGAAUAUGCAGAAUAUUCUUAUUAAUAUUGAAAUGUUUGUUGGGUUUUUUAUUGUCCCAUGGAAUUGGAUAUACCUAUUAUUGAAAAAUGUAUUGUAAAUAUAAAAAAAGUAUUUUUGAAUUGGUAUUGAUAGUUAUUCACUACUUAUGUAACUAAGUCUACAUACCAGACUCCUCCACAUGUGAACACAGAACCAUUGGCAGCCAUCAUGUUGCUGUCCGUGUUUUGUUUUUUUUUAGGGGGGGAAGGAGCGCUCAAACCUUCUGUUUUGGAUCAAGACGCUAAGUCUUGACCCGGAGCUGGAAGUGUCUUCCACCUCGCUCUUCUUUUUAUACUGUACGGUUGUGGUAUGGGAGAGAAAUCGAUUGCACUUAUUUUUCAUUGUUUGUAUCCUUUUAUUUCCACAUAUUUUUUCUACUGCAGCGACCACUGCUAAUUGGUCAGAAAUAACAAUAUCUUGUUUUAUUUCAGCUGCCUUCUUCUUAUUACAUAGCAUAAGCUGACUGUGAAAGCCUCCCUUCGCCUCCCCUCCCCCACUCUGCUGCACUUGUCUGCCCUUGCCCUCUCUCCUUCAUCUCCCUCAAUCCAGUUAGUAUCUUUUCUUUCUUACUCUGUCUUUCUUUCACCUCAUCUUUAAAUGAUUUUACCCUCCUGCCGUUGUUUCCUUCAUGACAUGAAGAAGAAACAAAAGAAAUCUUUUAAUAA